AUGCAUCUCAGCGGUCGGGCACCAGAUAGCAGCAACGACAACAAGGGUGGCGGCAAUAGCAGUGGUACUGCAAUCAAGGCAUGCAUUAUUGUCUUGAUCGUUCUGGGCAUCGCCGGCGUUGUCGUCGCCUCGUUCUAUAUUUCUCGAGCCCAGCGGGGUGGACUCAGUCUUGGUCGGAAGAAGUCGCGGGGUGGCCAAGGGGGAGGCCUAUGGAGUCGUCUAAUUGCACCUCUAACAGGGUCAAGACGUCGUCAGUACGAACAUGCCUCCUCAGGAGACGACAACGCCGAGCUCGAGGGCACCCACAGAGAUGUCGAACAAACACCGAAUAGAAAUACAGCCACCGUCGACCGCAAUACGUCCGUUCGGUCUGUCCUGACCCUGCCCGCCUACAGCCAGAAGGCAUCCAACACAGAACAAGUCAUAGCCCGCGAAGGCGACCGCGAUGGUAUGGAUGUCGUCAUCGAUCUCCCUACGGAAGAAGAGCAGGAAGCCCGACGGGAGGAGGAAAUGGCGGCGCUAUACCAGCUCCGCUCCACCAGGCGACAGCAGCAACAAGAGCGUGCUGAUAUUAGGCGACAGCGUGAACAAGCCCGGCAACAGGGUGAUAUGCAGGCUCUGGUUGAGGCUCAGGCCCGCGCGCAGGCACUGAGCACCGGCCACAACGCUGUCGUUGAGGAGCUGCGCCGCGACAUCGACCGUGCAAAGGAGAACAACCGCGGACACGUCUCGAGUGUGUCGUACGCCGAUCUCGGUGUCGCUCGCCACGACGGUACCAGAAUACGGGCGGGCAGCCAGGAGAGUGAGCGUACGGGACUCCUGUCUGAUGCUGCCGACAUGGGGCACCGGUCCCGCUCCAGAGCCGACUCCGUUCUGUCUCACAGUCGAGACGCUAGCGCCGGCUCGGCCGUGAGCCUAGUCAGUGGCAUGCCAUCUCCGGACCUGAGCAACCAUGCCCGUGCGGUGUCCCUGGACGUACCGUUGGCCGGCUCGAGCCCAGAGCUGGUCGGGUCGGAUCUUGGUGUCGAAGCUAUACCUCCUCCCGAAUACGAAGAUGUGCCGCUUGACGAUGGUAGUGCUGCUCGGGGGUCAGCAGCACACACUGACGAACCACCCAUCUAUUCUGGUCCGUAUCGAUCAGCCUCUAUACGGAGCCGACGUAGCCAACAUGGCACCGGGUCAGAUGAGGACGUUGUGGUGAACGAUGCUGCGGAUGGCGACAGACCGCGUGGUCGUGGUGUUGGUAGUGUUCCUCAGCUGCCGAGUCUGAGGAUUAGCCAUUUGCCCUCGAUUGUGGUGGAGCCGUCCAGCGCGCAUCCAAUGGACGACCCAAGGGACAACGGUGAUGACCGUCGACCGACAACAACAAAUGUAUGA